AUGCUCCGUCUUGUCUCAGAGCUGAAUAAGUGUAUUGUUUGGGGCUCAUGGGAAAAGGGCUGUUGCUUGGUCACAAUUCUCCCACGCAUCGCCAAGGCCGUCUUUUUGUUCGCUAUUCUCUUCCACUCCAUCUACCUCAGAGCUCAAAGCCUUUUGCAGUCUUUCCAGCGUCGAGCUUCACUUACACCCACCCUGAGCGCUUACGGACGGACGACUCUUACAGUCACUAUCAGUACUGGAAACAACUCAACUUCAACGGUCAUCAACACUACCACCAAAACCAUGCACCUCAUAACGCUUCACAUUACGUUCGCCGCCGCGGCCGGAUGCGCCAUCGUCUUAUUCUUUAUCUCGCUCUACAAAGCCCGACUUUUUUUCCGUAGGCUCCUGAAAGAUGGCGCCCCAAUGCCUCCUCACCAUCCUAUCCUGGGCCAUCUUGGACUGAUGUUGAGCAUCAUGGCCUCCCUACCUCGCGACGUUAUGCCGACCGUGGCCUUGGCCGAUCAAGUUAGACGACGCUAUCCACACUUAGACAAGGCCUUCUACUUGGACAUGUGGCCCUUCACUGGCCCCAUGCUCAUGGUCAUCUCGCCAGACCUAAUGCGCCAGGCCACGCAAGGGGAAGCUCCCUUACCCAAGGUAGGGUUCUUGAAGAACUACAUGAAGCCCAUCAGUGGCGGCCACGAUCUUGUCAGCAUGGAGGGCGAGGAGUGGAAACGCUGGCGCGACGUGUUUCGCCCGGCUUUCGGCCGAGCGACGGAGCUCGUCCCCAACAUCGUGGAAAACAUUUCCGUUUUUCGGGAUCAGCUCGUCGGCCGUGCCAAGAGCCAGAACGGCGUGUUUCAACUGCAUCACUCGUCUCUGAUGCUGGCCAUGGACAUGUCUGGGAAAGCCAUUUGGGACCACAACAUGGAUAGCCAGAGGGGCUACAACGAUAUGGCCGAUGCCAUCGUCUCCCAGCUGAGGUGGCUACUAGUGGAUGGCUUCAUGCCGUUUGCAAGUCUCAACUUCAUUCGGCCAAUGGUCCACAAAUACAACAGCUUCAGGAUGGAAAGAUACAUCGCGGGUGUGCAACAGCGACACAAAGCCAGCAAGAGCGACAGCACGUGCGUCAUCAGCAGAGCUGUGGCCAAAGUCCGCGACGGUCCAGUUGACAAAAAGGAGUCAGAAGACCCAUACUGCAAGCUCGGCGGCGAGAAACACUUCAAUCGAGUUAUCAAAAGCCAGAUGAGGUUCCUCCUCCUGGCAGGUUACGACACCACCGGUUCUACAAUCACCUAUGUCUUGCACAUCCUCUCCCAGCAUCCCGAGAUACUCGCCAAGGUACGCGAAGAGCACAACGAAGUCCUCGGAACAGAUAUUUCUCGGGCUGCGCAACAACUUAAAGAGAACCCGCAUCUUGUCAACCGUGUUCCGUACACGACGGCAGUUCUCAAAGAGACAUUGCGCAUGUAUCCGCCUACGUCCACCUUGAGGAACGGCAAGCCGGGCUUCUAUCUCAAUGGCCAUGAUAGCUCAGGCUCGACAACAAAGUUUCCCACUGAGGGUUGCAUGAUCUUCGGAAACCAUCACGGCUUACAUCACAACCCUCGGUACUGGAAAGACCCCGAACGGUUCAUCCCCGAGCGCUUUCUCGUCAGCUCGGAUGAUCUGUCCGGCCUGCAUCCUCUGCCUGACGCUUGGCGUCCUUUCGAGAAAGGCCCAAGAGCUUGCAUGGGUUCAGAGUUGGCCAUGGUUGAGAUCAAGGCUGUCAUCAUGCUGGUAGCGCGUGAGUUUGACUUCACCCCUGCUUAUCAAGAGUGGGACAGCAUCCAGCACAAGUCCGCAAAAGGGGAGACCAAGAUUGGCUUGGGAGUCUUACUGCCAGGCGGGGCACCAAAAUUAGUCAGCGGGGAUCGGGUCUAUCAAACAACUGGAGGCGGCGGGAGUCAUCCAGCUGAUGGAUAUCCGUGUCGGGUCAGAUUCGCGCGAGGAGUUUAG